UAGUAAGAGAUUCUCCGGGGAGAUUUUAUAACUCAUUAUAGGGGAGGACCUCCCUACCUCCACCCCCCACGCUUUGCUCGCCCUCCACAGGGCAUUGGUGGGAAUAAAGUCAUUUCCAAAUAAUAAUGAAAAUUGACAAUCUUGGGCCCGAGUUUAAGAGAGCUUUCUCCAAUUUUCGGAGAGGACUCUCUACCCAAUUUUCUGGCGGUGAGAGGGCAAGGUUUGUGGCCUUCUGCCAUGAAGUUGAAGGCAUGGUGGAGUGCCUGUUGAGGAAGUACCAUCCCGACGGACACGGCCGAGCUAAGUCGAGGCAACACCAUCUCAUACGGAUUUAUCCAAUGGUCGUUAGUGAGAUUGGCCUCAUCCACAAAAAAAUGCUGCUGUUGAUGAGAGUGAACGCUCCCCGGAGGUGUAUUCAGAUUGCUCGAGAUGUACCAUCAAGUGUUUUUGAGGAGGUCCGGUUCCUCUUGACGACAAAUUCGUAUCGGACCGUAGAAUGCUCGACAAGGUCAACCAUAACACUUACUAUAACCAGCAAGGAGAAGGUGGUGGUGUUGUUUAAUUUCUGGGGGAUGGAGGAGGGCCAUGAUAGGAAAGACCUCCUGAGGAAGAGUGAUCGGAAGGGAAACAAGAUGAAUGUAGUGGUGGACGAGAUGCGACCAUUCACUGUUAGCAUGGAGAAGCAUCCGACAGGAGGAAGAUGGAUGUUGCUGACCAGCACAUCCCAACGAUGUAUUUUUGUCACCGUAGACCUAUUGUUUUUAUUGAAAUAUCUGAUUGAAAGGUGAUUUUAUUGAUAAAAAUCCUAAAUUUUCUGAUGGGAGAAGGCAUAUAUUUACCUUCUUAGGGCAAUGACAAUAUGUUGUCAUGGUUUAAAAUAAUGCACGUAUAAAGAAGGAAUAACAUUUUAGAGGAGGGUUUCUUUGGUUACCAGGGGCACCAUGAUCCAAGAGAUCAACAAUUUUCUGGCAAAAUCUUUUGAAAGAAAGCGAAAUGUGGAGUGGGCGCUUAUGGAGAGCCAAUAGGGCAUGUCAGUACCCAAACAAAUAAGUCUUAGGCAAAAUUGAUUUUUAGCUUAUGAAGGCAGAAGCUAAUAGCCUAGGACACAUCAGGACCCUACUGCUUGAAAUGGUUUUCUCCUGAAAUAAUCACCAACUUCAUCAGAUAUUUCAUUAUUAUAUCUCCAUCACUUGAGACAUGGGGUUCAUAUGAUUUCUUUCUUGCUUAAACCCCAGGCAAAAAAGGAACAUAUGUGUCUGCGAUGGAACGUAGGCCUUUUUUACUGUUUCUCGAUCUCCCCAGUACCACAGAAUCCACGGGCAUUGGUCUGAGCAGUUAAGCCAAGACCUUCUAACGUUGGCUGGCUCAGUUGCUUGGUAUCAUAUAAUACCAGAGACAACUGACCAACUAUACAAAGAAGUUAAAGAAGUUGCGUUCCCUCAAUCACUUUUACCAAAUACCUGGGAACCAGGUAUUGAUGAAAAGACACAUUCAACUUAUAUAGUUGAAAACACUCUCAUUAUUUUAUUGAUAUUUGUGAGAAUAUCAAAAGAUUUCCUGACGACAGAAUCGACUGCUUCGAGAUCUUGCGAGGGCAUAUUUAUCAUGCUCUGCAGAUUAUGAAGACGGUCUUUUGCCCCACUGAGAAUUGGAUUAGACAUGGUACUGAAUGGUUUGAGAAAAGUGUAAUUAAAACGUCAACUUUGUAAGACGUCUCAUUUUGUCCUGCACGUAAUAAAUGUAGACCUUGUUAGUAAAAUAAAGAGAUCUUAGACUCCAACUUGCCAAAAAACUUGCAUACCCACUUCUGUCUGGUCUUGCCAUGUCGAAAGCUACGUCUUUUGUCAUGCAAAUAACAUGUCACCUCUCAACCUUUUGUGAUGCAAAGCGGAGGCCUCAAGGUGGAGUGGCCAUGAGAAAUGUGGUCCUUUUGUUAUUUAAAUUGGGCCCUUAAGCUGUUUAGUCAUGGUGUGAUGACAGCCUUGACCUGACCUAUUGUUAGCUGAAAUGGCUCAACUGCAGUCAUACAUAAUAGGUUUAAUGCAUGCAUGAAGAGUAAAUGAACAUAUUAUUAGCAUGCAGAGUUGAAGUUGUGGAGUCUGACUAGUGUAAGAUCUCUAUUUAGCAAUGUCUUUCUUGGACAUUACAUCUUGUAAAGGAGUAGACCAUGUGUGAUAGUAUUACUAUCUUCUGGUUUUCUCCUGUUAUGGGCUUUCGGAGUGGCGGAGUACUUAAAUGUACACGUCUGAUGUCAUUUAAAAAACUCAGUCGUUGAAGCCUGUCACCUGUGUGAUGAUGGAGUCGGCAGCUCCCUCCGAUCGCGUAGGUUUUCUCCCGGGGACGGGUUUCCUCCUGCACGACAUUCCAAAUUGCCAUUACGAUAAUUCUUGGGAUGUACAACAAUAAAAAAGAUUUUCAAAAGAUAA